GAAGCCGCUCAUACAUCAAGAUGGCGGCGUUCAACGCAGAGCGGUGGCUGAAUGACUUACCAAACCAUGCGAUUUUUAAUAUAAUACGAGAGAAACUGGAGUCGGAAGGCGACGCCAAUGAACGAGGGGUCGCUAAAAACCUCACGUUUUGUUUGGGCGGAGACUUUUUCUUGUGGGACGACACAGACCGCGUGUUUUACACGACCAACCUGCGACAGUUGAACUCGGAUGACAGCCACAGUAGCGGGAAGUACCAGACCUUGCUGUGCAUCAACCCUCCUCUCUUCGAAGUGUGCCAGGUGUUGCUCAGCCCGACCCAGCACCACGUCGCUCUCGUCGGGCUGCGGGGCGUCUCGGUGCUGGAGCUCCCGCAGCGGUGGGGCAAGAAGUCGGAGUUCGAGGGCGGGCGGAACAAAAUAAACUGCAGGACCAUCCCGGUGGCGGAGCGCUUCUUCACCAGCUCCCCGUCGGUGAACCUGCGUCAGGCGGCCUGGUACCCAAGCGAGACCGACGAGCCCCACCUGGUGCUGCUCACGUCGGACAACACCAUCAGGUUUUACGGACUGAAGUCUCCCCAGACGCCGGCCAAAGCCCUGUCGGUGUCGCAGACGGAAGAUGACAGCAGCGUCCACCCUCCUGCCCGCUCCUACGCAGCAUCUCUUGGAGAGAUCGCGGUGGCGUUUGACUUCGGGCCAAUUUCGUCCCCUCCUCGGCAGCUGACGGCACAGUGCUUCAGAGAACAGCUAGUCUACCCUCUGUACAUACUCUACGAAAACGGGGAGACGUACGUGAGCUACACAAGCCAGGCAAACGGCGUGAGCGUCAGUAAACCUGUUGGACCCCUGCCCAUGUAUCCCGCUGCAGAGGAUAACUAUGGCUAUGAUGCUUGUGCCAUUCUGUGCCUGCCCUGUGCUCCCAGCAUCCUGGUGAUCGCGACGGAGACGGGAACGCUGUAUCACUGCGUGGUGAUGGAGUCCGAGGAAGAGGAGGAGACGGGGGCGGUGGGGAAGUGGAUCCGAGGCACGGACACGGUGCCGGCCCUCUACGUGUUCGAGUGUGUCGAGGUGGAGCUCACGCUCAAAGUGGCCACGGGGGAGGACGAGGAGCCUCAAGAGUUCGAUUUCACCUGCCCGAUCAGGCUGCACAGGGACCCCUUGUGCGAGCACAGGUACCACUGCACGCAUGAAGCGGGAGUGCACAGCGUGGGGCUCAUCUGGGUCAACAAGCUGCAGAAGUUCCUCCGGUCGGUUGAAGAGGAUAAGGGCAGUCUCCAGGAGCUGGCUGCUGAGAAGCGCUGCAUCGUAGAGCACAUUGUUUGCACCAGACCGCUUCUAACCAGUCAGUCGUCUCCCAUCCGUGGCUUUUUGAUCGUGUCGGACCUUUCGUUGGGCGCCACCAUGAUCUGCAUCACCAGCAAAUACGAGUGCAUCAUGCUGCCCCUGCUCAGCUCCAUUCGCCCUCCCUCCCCUCCGCUGCUUUGUUCCCACCCAGGUCUGAGUUCGGUCAGCUCACCCCUGCGCGGACUGGCCGACGACUCCUUCGAGCAGCACAUCCGCAACAUCCUGGCACGUAGCUCCAACAACCCUCUUGUGCUCAAGGCUGGCGACAAGGAUGCGUCGCCGCCUCCUCCGGAGUGUCUGCAGCUCCUCAGCAGAGCCACGCAGGUCUUCCGCGAGGAGUACAUCCUUAAGCAGGACAUGGCCCGUGAAGAAAUGCAAAGGAGGGUGAAACUCCUGGUAGGCCAGAAGAAUAAGCAGCUGGAGGAGUUGACUCUGUGCAGGGAGGAGAGGAAGAGUUUGAGGGAGUCGGCGGAAAGGUUGGCGGAUAAGUACGAAGAUGCAAAGUAUCGCCAGGAAACCAUCAUGAAUAGGGUUAAGAAAGUGUUGUGCAGCCUGCAGGGCCAACUACCCAUACUGUCCAACAGCGAGAAGGAUAUGAAGAAGGAGCUGCAGGCCAUCAGUGACCAGCUGAAACAUCUGGACAACUGCAUCAGACAGGUGAACAUGAAGAUGGAGUACCAGAAGACACAAGUUGACAAGGACAUGGGUGCAGCCAAGACAACCGUGUCACUCAACGUCCAACAGAGGAAGGUUGUCCAGGACGUCCUCAGAGAGCAGGGACAGCAAAUUGGUGAUAUGAUGAAGCAGAUCAAAGACAUCAAAAACCAUUUCAGCUUCUAAGCACAGCAGAAAUCACAGUUUUUCUGUUUUACAGUGGGGAAAGUAAUUUUUGUCACUAAUUAAGUGUUAUAUUUUUUUCUAUUGAAUGAAGAGGUGUAUUCAGAGCCCCCAUUCUAACGUGCCACGUGCACAAGUGUUUUUUUUUAUGCACCUGCAUAACUCUACCUUUUAUAGUACAUGUUGUUUCUUGCUUAAUAGGAAUACUAUAAGGUUUCCCUUGAUUGUCUCGCUUAACCUUUUGCAUAUUUUGUUAUAACAGUCGUUAUAUGUAAAUGAGUCACUGACGUAGAGCAGAAUUUUCCAUGUAUAGGCAGAUGAAAUCAGAAGCAUUCUGAGCUAUUUUCAACAUAUUUUGCUAAUUUCUUGGAUAAAUAAUAAACUUUGAAGUAAUCUGUAA